AUGUCGAACUCGAUUCAAAAGCCGAACCGCUUUGCCGGUUACUAUAUGAAGCGGCGGAAGUGGCCGUUAAAAGGAUACCACCGUCGAUUUAUCGUACUCGAUGAUGGCUGGCUCAAAUAUGGAAAAAACGAGGAGAUGAGACGGGCGCAUGGUGCGCUUGAUCUAGGAGAUGCAGCAAUUAUAAAGGACAAAAAGGAAGAAAUUCAUAUUGAUACAAAUAUGGGAUCCCCAAUUCACUUGAAACCUGUCAGGGGGGCCGAUCCCAACACUAUGGUUGUUAUAUACGACGCUCUAAGAACGCACAAACACUACAGAAGACAAUCAAUCACGAACUUGCAGGCUCGAAACAGAGAGCAGACUUCUCCGUGGGGAAAUGUUAUCACCGAUGGUGGCACCCAAACUAGCGAUACCAAUCUUCUUCCUCUCGACGUUGACGCUUUUACGUCAGGUCGGCGCUCUUCUUUGGACGAGUUCUCGACGACUAGAGAAAAGUUUAAUCAUAUCGAGAACAAACUUCAAGACAUGGAAAACCUCAUUGUUCAACUAACCAGCCACCGCGCAGAAAUCGAAGAAGCUCUACAUUCCAACGUAUCACCUAAAAAAUCCAGAUUUCGGCCAUCGAUCAAACGAGGAAAGCGGGAAUCCUCGAAAACCUCCAGCUCCUCACAACAAACACUUGACGUGCCCCAUCUUCAGGAGUCCAAGCUAACGCAAAGUGCAUCAGCUCUCAGCAUCAGCGAAGACACCGACCUCGGCGGCUCUCAAACCUUGUCCAGAAGCCAACCAGAUCUAUCAGGCAUAACGACUGCUUAUUUGUUAAAGCGGAAGAGUUCGAUACCAGCAAACGUAUACUCCUGUCGGGGUCGUUUCCUCACACGUUUGAUACGUUAUAGGAAGGGACCAGACGGAGUUAUAAGCAAAAUUAGUGACAUUCAAAGACAAUUCGAAGACACUGCGAGAAAAUGCAUAACUGAUGCACGGCACUUGAAAGGCCAGCUCGUUGACAUGUCGAAUAGUACGUCAACAAAAAGAAAUUCGUUGGAGCAGCACUCAGGCCAUCAAACAAUCUUUGAGCUCAUGCGUGAGAAUGAUGAGCUUCGAAUGAAGCUACAGCAAAUCAGGGCGUUUGCAUCGGUUGGAUCUAAUUCGCUCCCUACUGUGCGUUCUUCUACGAGUAUACUUUCUCGACCACUGAAGCGCGAGACAAGCCAUCUUGGAGAGUCUAUUGAUGGAUCAACGACGGACCUGUUUUAUGAUGCUGAAUCAGACUUGGAGAUGAGUGGAGACAGCAGCGAUGACAACAGCUCUCUUCAUGAAAUCAAUGAAGGCGACUCAGAUACCGACGAAGAGAUGCCUGCGUUGAAUGACACGCGAAAAACAGAAACGCCAGUCGGGCCAGCUGGAUUCAACAGACGAUCGCGCCUUCCUGUACCAAUGCCUGAUGGAAUGCAAGUGUCACUCUGGAAUGUUCUGCGUAAGAACAUGGGAAAGGAUCUUACCAAAGUUGCAAUGCCCGUUUCAUUCAAUGAACCAUUAUCGGCUCUUCAAAAAAUGGCUGAAGAUCUUGAGUACUCAUUCCUGCUCGACCAAGCAGUUGCGACAAAUGAUAUCGAGAGAAUGGUCAAUGUUGCGACAUUCGCCCUUUCGUGUUAUGGCGCAGAAGCAACGAGACAAGGACGAAAACCAUUUAAUCCUGUACUCGGCGAAACUUACGAGCUUGUGCGAGACGAUUUGGGCUGGAAGUUUUGCUCAGAGCAAGUAUCCCAUCAUCCUCCCAUCGGCUGCGGUCAUGCUACUGGCCAGGGUUGGACCUACUGGCUGGAUUUCCGUUUUAAAAACAAGUUCUGGGGGAAAUCGAUUGAAAUCACACCGCUUGGAAAAUGCUAUCUUCAAUUUGACGAUGGAUCAACUUAUUCCUGGACCAAAGUAACAUCCUGUAUUCACAACAUCAUAAGUGGUCAGAAAUACGUCGAAAAAACUGGCGACUGUGUCGUAGAAGGUCCAAAUGGCCUCUAUGCGAAUUUCACCUUCCAGAAAGUGGGUUGGAUGUCGAGCAGCCGAAACGAAGUCGUUGGAGAGAUUCGGAAGAAAGAUGGAACAAAAGUCCGAAGUUUGUUCGGCAAGUGGGACGAAGGUUUGUACGUUGGAGAGAAGCGCGAAACGGCGAAGAACGUCUGGCGCCAGCAUGCAUUAUCCGCCGACAAUGAACGAUAUUACGGGUUUACGAAAUUUGCUAUUGAACUGAAUGAAAUCCUCCCUCAACAUGAGUCUAGCCUUCCUCAUACUGAUAGCAGAUGGCGACCUGAUCAACAGCUUCUUGAGCAAGGUCGCAUACAAGACGCAGAAGAUGAGAAAAAGCGUGUCGAAGAUAUUCAACGAAAAGCUGCACGAAGGCGUGAGAGCUUAGGCGUUAAAUAUGAACCAAGAUUCUUCAAGGCGGAUGAAAAUGGGGAAUACCGUUUUUCAGGAAAUUCCUACUGGCAAGCACGUGAUAAUCAAGAUUUCUGGAAAAAGGUCGAUCCGCUUUGGUAA